AGGAGAAUGUCUCCUAUCAAUGAUACCCAGUUCCAUCCCCUCUUCUUUCGCCUGCUAGGGAUACCGGGAUUGGAAGCUGCACAUUUCUGGAUUGCUUUCCCAUUCUGUGCUGUGUACCUGAUUGCCCUCGUGGGGAACAUCACCAUUCUCUUUGUCAUCAAGUCGGAACACAGUCUCCAACAGCCCAUGUUCUACUUCCUCGCCAUGUUGGCUGUGAUUGAUCUGGGUCUUUCCACGUCCACCAUCCCCAAAAUGCUGGGUAUCUUCUGGUUCAAGCUUCAAGAGAUCAGCUUUGGGGGCUGCCUUGCUCAGAUGUUCUUUGUCCACAUGUUUGCAGGCAUGGAGACUGUUCUACUCGUGGCCAUGGCAUAUGACCGCUUUGUUGCCAUCCGCAACCCUCUCCAGUACACCAUGAUCCUCACCAAUAAAACCAUUGGCCUCCUAGCCUCUCUUGUUGUGGGAAGAAAUUUCAUUCUUAUGACUCCAAUGGUGUUUCUCAUUCUGAGGCUGCCCUUCUGUGGGCAUGACAUCAUCCCUCACACAUACUGUGAGCACAUGGGUCUUGCCCGGUUGGCCUGUGCAUCCAUCAAGGUCAAUGUUAUCUACGGGCUCGUGGCGAUUUCUAACGCCUUUGUGGAUGUGAUCCUCAUUGCCUCCUCCUACGUGCUCAUCCUUCAAGCUGUUUUCCGCCUCCCCUCUCAGGAUGCCCGACUAAAGGCUCUCAAUACCUGUGGCUCUCAUGUCUGUGUCAUGCUCUGUUUCUACACACCAGCAUUUUUCUCUUUUAUGACACACCGCUUUGGACACAACAUUCCCCGCUAUAUCCACAUUCUUUUGGCUAAUCUAUACGUGGCUGUCCCACCAGCCCUUAAUCCAGUCAUUUACGGGGUCAGGACCAAGCAGAUCCGAGAGCUGGUGAUAAAGAUAUUUGUACAGAAACGGUAG